CCAUCAAAAGUUGAGAUGGAUAAUGCCACUAUAAUUACGAUAAUAUAAUGAAGAAUGUCAAAUGCCAACAACCAUAAAUUCCCCACUUUAAAAACGAUGUGCACCAGAACUAAGCUUGUCCAAAUUCUCAAACCUCAAUUUCUACCUUUGAUUACACGUUGAAACUUUGGUCUAAUUUCGCGUUCCCGCCGACCCACUUCUCUCUCUAUCUCUAUCUCUCCCUCUCUUUCUCUAGAAAAAGAGGAAAAAAAAAAAAAGAAGAAAAAAAGACUUUGAAUGAAAACUUACUUGAUUGAGGCUCUUUUAAAACCAAACCAAACUCAUAAUCUCUCAUUAUCUUUCAUUAUGGUCUUCUUCUUCUGAAGGAAGAGAAGAAGUUCAGAACAAAAACACAACAAAAAAGAAGUAACUCUCUUUCUUUCUUUCUUUCUUUCUUUCGUUGUGAAGUUGUUCUCUUUAAUGGCGAAGUCAAAGAACAAUGCUAAGAAGUUGUCCUACAUAUCAGUUCCAUCUCAGAUCAUCAACUCCAUAUCAUCAUCUUCUCUGCAAUCUCUUCUUGACUCUCCCAAGAAGUCUUCAAGGAACACCAACAACAACAGGUUCUUUAUCUUCUUCACCAACAGCACCAGCACCAUCAUCUUCAGAAAACAAAGACUGUGGUUUUUCACACUCUUUCUCUUUGGUUUCCUUGGCAUGCUCAAGUUUGGCCUCACCCUUCACACCCCUUUCCCCCCCUACCCAUGUGCCACCACAACCCUUCUGCCACAGAACAUGAUCUCGACCACCCCACAUUCAAAGUCAAACCUUGGUGCUGUUUUGAGAGAGAACAAUGACCAAAAAAAAGAUGAGGUCUUGUUGUCUCAUGUGGAGCUGAGAGCACAGGGAUUGGAGAAGAUGGAAGGUGAUGAGCGUGUUGAGAAGAGUGAGUUUUGGGAGAAGCCAGAUGGGUUGGGAUACAAACCUUGCUUGAGUUUUAGCAGGGAUUAUAGAAGAGCAAGCGAAGGGGUUCUGAAGGAUAGGAGAAAGUACCUCAUGGUGGUGGUUUCUGGAGGGUUGAAUCAGCAGAGGAAUCAGAUUGUUGAUGCAGUUGUCAUUGCUAGGAUUCUUGGAGCUGCUUUGGUUGUUCCUAUAUUGCAAGUCAAUGUCAUUUGGGGUGAUGAAAGUGAGUUUGGUGAUAUAUUUGAUUUGGAGCACUUCAAGAGAGUUCUUGCCAAUGAUGUGCGAGUGGUUUCAGCAUUGCCAUCAACUCACCUAAUGACAAAGCCAGUGGAGGGUAGUCCUCCACUUCAUGUCACUCCUAGUUGGAUCCGUUCAAGAUAUCUCAGAAGAUUUAACAGAGAAGGUGUUUUGCUCUUGCGUAGUUUGGAUUCAAGGCUGUCAAAGGAUCUCCCUUCUGAUCUUCAAAAGCUUAGAUGCAAGGUUGCUUUCAACGCACUACGGUUUGCUCAGCCGAUUCAGGAACUCGGUGACAGCAUUGCAGAGAGAAUGCAAAGCAAGGGACCUUACCUUGCUCUUCAUCUAAGAAUGGAGAAGGAUGUGUGGGUGAGGACCGGAUGCCUCCCCGGUUUGAGUCCCGAAUUUGAUGAGAUUGUUAACAAUGAGAGGAUACAACGGCCAGAGCUCUUGACUGCAAGAUCAAGCAUGACUUACCAUGAAAGGAAGAUGGCUGGUCUAUGCCCCUUGAAUGCUGUGGAGGUUACUAGGCUUUUGAAAGGUCUAGGAGCUCCAAAGAAUGCAAGAAUUUACUGGGCUGGAGGACAACCAUUGGGUGGAAAAGAAGCCUUGCUUCCAUUGAUCCAAGAGUUUCCUCAUUUUUAUAGCAAGGAAGAUCUUGCCUUGCCAGGAGAACUACAACCAUUUGCAAAUAAGGCUUCUAUAAUGGCUGCCAUAGAUUACAUAGUCUCUGAGAAGAGUGAUGUUUUCAUGCCAUCUCAUGGGGGAAAUAUGGGCCAUGCAAUUCAGGGUCAUCGAGCAUUUGCCGGGCACAAGAAAUAUAUAACCCCAAACAAGAGACACAUGCUCCCUUAUUUUCACAAUUCUUCCCUCCCUGAAGAAGAGUUCAACAGGAUUAUGAAAGAGUUGCACCAAGACUCAUUGGGGCAGCCAGAACUUAGAACUAUCAAAGCUGGGAGGGAUGUUACCAAGUUUCCUAUUCCUGAGUGCAUGUGCAAUGACUCCAAUGCUCAAUCCUGAUUUACAAAUUAACACCGAAGUUUGUGACAUGAAGACUACUAGGCAACUUAACAAGGAAGUGAGUGCUAUUUUCAACAGGAUGGGCAAUUUUGAUCCCUUUGGAACCAUUUCAGGUGCCUUUCAGGGUAACCAUAACAGUUCUGAGCACAAAUUUCUACUACAUAUGAUUUCAAGCACUCCUCACCUUGCAGGUGUAUCAUGAUUCCUUAAAUACGUUUUCUAUGUGCCAGUGUACAUUUGCAUCAUCAGUCAAAUGAUAGAUUCAAAAUAAUACCACAACAGAAGAUCAUUCUUUGAUUCUUUAUACAAGGAGCUUGUAUAGAAUACAUGUUCUCUUUAGCUGUGUAAUUCUUAUCACAAUAUGAAGUCUUGUUGAUAUUUGUAUAUAUUAUCGUUAAUUUUUG